AUGUAUUUUCGACACAUCAUCAUCGCCUUGAGCCUCCUAGGUGCCUCAUGCACCCUGCCAACCCAGGAUAGUGUUGCUAUGCGUGGAAUUGCGCCUCGAUCAUUGCCUAACAUGGAGUGGGAUGAUAGUCUCCCGGAUGCAGAGGCUCAAAUGGAGAAGUUUUUGAAAGCAUGGCCCCAAGUCAUGGUCAUGGUCAAGUUACUCCAUCUCAAAACUGAUCCAAAUCUCUAUCAAGAGGUCUUAAAGCACUAUUUUGAGGAGAAGGAUGCGUCCAUAGUUGAGAAGGUCUGGCGAGGACUCAUGGGUGCAAAGGACCAAGGUGAUCAGGGUGAUGGCAAAGGCAAUCCUCUCAUUUCUGACAUUGUCCUCACAAACAAGCCUACCAAAAAUGAACCUUGCCUCAAGACAGACCAGGUUAGGCUUGCGUGGCUGGAGCCAGUCGGCGACGGCACUCGAGCUGUCAUGAAGAUAUGUGAUAAAGGCUGGCAGUUUCCAACCAUUGACGAGACCUCAUGCGAUGACCUUGGCGACGAAGUCAGCGGCAAGAUGAGUACUCUACCGGGAAUAAUACUCCACGAAUUAACACACUUCCAGCCUCUUGUGGGUUGGGAUAUUCUUGAUUACACAUAUGGGCCCAAAAACACUCGUGCUGCAGUCACGAAUGAUGAUAUCGUGACUAUUCUUAACGCCGAUCAGUACAGAUGGAUGGCACAGGAGUACUACUGGUCACUUAUUUGUGACAAGACUUUCAAGGCUCCUACUAGCAAUGCAGAUUACCUUGAUUGUCAAGGCACUUGCGUUAUUCAGUAG